GCAGCGAAGGCGGCAGUAGCGGCGGUGGCGGCGGCGGCGGCGGCGGCAGCUCUGGGGUUCGUGUCUCCGGGUGUGUCGGCCGCCGCUGCUGCUGAGGCCUGGAAUGUACAGAUGGCUGGCUAAGGUUCUCGGCACCAUUCUCCGCUUGUGCGAGCGGCCGGCGCCCGGGGCCCGCGCCCUGCUCAAGAGGCGGCGCUCGAGCAGCGCUCUGUUUUCUACUACAGUGGACACUGAUGAAAUCCCAGCUAAAAGACCAAGAUUAGAUUGCUUCAUUCACCAAGUGAAGAACAGUCUCUACAAUGCUGCCAGUUUAUUCGGAUUUCCAUUUCAGCUGACCACAAAACCCAUGGUGUCUUCUGCUUGUAAUGGAACACGAAAUGUGGCCCCUUCAAGAGAGGUAUUUGCGAGCUCCUCAUCUUGUGAACUGACAGGUUCUGGGUCCUGCAACAGCAUGCUGAAACUGGGUAAUAAGUCUCCUAAUGGAAUAAGUGACUAUCCAAAGAUCAGAGUGACAGUGACCCGAGAUCAGCCACGUAGAGUCCUGCCUUCCUUUGGUUUUACAUUGAAAUCGGAAGGCUAUAAUAGAAGACCAAGUGGCCGUCGCCAUAGCAAAAACAAUCCAGAGAGUUCCUUAGCAUGGAAACCUCAGGAACAGGGUGUAACAGAGAUGAUUUCUGAAGAAGGAGGCAAGGGUGUGAGGCGUCCCCAUUGCACUGUGGAGGAGGGUGUCCAGAGGGAUGAAAGAGAAAAGUAUAGAAAGUUAUUGGAGCGACUUAAAGAAAGUGGGAAUGGAAACACCCUCCCUCCAGUAGCUUCACAUCACAGUUCUCAAAGAAGUCAAGUGGACACAUUAAAGACCAAAGGCUGGGUGGAGGAGCAGAAUCAUGGAGUCAGGACAACCCAUUUUGUUCCAAAACAGUACAGAGUUGUUGAAACAAGGGGACCUCUCUGUUCGAUGAGAAGUGAAAAGAGGUACAUGGCUCAUUUAAUUCUAAGACUUCGUUUAGAGUAUUCAAAGGGAAAAGCUGACACAGAGAAGGUGGUGGGACUCCGACUUGAAAAGGAAGGUACAAGAGGACACCACCUGGAGCCUGAUCUGUCAGAAGAAGUGUCUGCCCGGCUUCGCCUGGGAAGUGGAAGCAAUGGCCUACUCAGGAGGAGAGGGCCAGUGCUGGAGGCAAAGGAAAAGAACUUCACCAGCAAAGAAAAGGACAGAAGGACAGACGAGCUCUUUGAACUUACAGAGGACAUGGAAAAGGAGAUCAGCAAUGCCCUGGGCCAUGGGCCACCCGACGAGAUCCUGAGCAGUGCUUUCAAACUGCGAAUCACUCGAGGAGAUAUCCAGACCUUAAAGAACUAUCACUGGCUCAACGAUGAGGUCAUUAAUUUUUAUAUGAAUCUGUUAGUGGAAAGGAGUAGAAAGCAAGGCUAUCCAGCACUUCAUGCAUUCAGUACCUUCUUCUACCCUAAACUAAAGGCCGGGGGUUACCACGCAGUGAAGCGGUGGACCAAAGGGGUGAACCUCUUCGAACAAGAACUGGUUCUGGUGCCCAUUCAUCGGAAGGUGCAUUGGAGCCUGGUGGUGAUGGACCUAAGAAAAAAGUGUCUUAAAUAUCUGGAUUCUAUGGGACAAAAAGGCCACAGGAUCUGUGAGGUUCUUCUUGAGUAUUUACAGGAUGAAAGUAAGACCAAAAGAAAUACAGAUCUCAAUCUCUUAGAGUGGACCCACUGCAGCAUGAAGCCACACGAGAUUCCUCAACAGUUGAAUGGGAGUGAUUGUGGAAUGUUUACUUGUAAAUAUGCAGAUUAUAUUUCUAGGGACAAACCUAUCACAUUUACUCAGCACCAGAUGCCUCUCUUCCGGAAGAAGAUGGUGUGGGAAAUCCUUCAUCAGCAGCUGCUGUGACGAUGCCCCACCUGGGCCUCUAGCUGCUGGUGGUUCUUUCAUGGAUGUUUCCAUAUACCUCAUGCGUUGUGGGUUAAAAAGUCCCCAGAUCAUUUCUGUUUGCUCACAGGUACUGAGCUAUCAAGUGCAUGAAGGCCUCUCCACAGUGGCCCUGACUUGAGGUGUGGGGGGCCGGCUUACAACCCUGUUCGUAAGGCUGUGCCUGCUCAGAGCCCUGGACUGUUCACCACACACAAGAACAAAUGCUAAUUAAUGGUUUUUUUGUUUUGUUCUAAAGUUAUUUCCAUAUGAAUGUGGGAAAUGCAAGAUUUGUUCUAUGAAUUCUUUUUUGUCUGUAUAUUUGUUGAAGUGUAUUCUUUCACUCACUCAUUUGCAAACAUUGGGCAGUGCCCUUUUCUCACUGCUCUUUUAUAAUUAACUAUAAAGAAUUUGUUUGAACUAUUUAUUUCUGAAAAGAAUGUUAAUCCAACUGCUACCCGCUGCUGCAGGGGAGAACAGAGGUGUUCCCAGCUUCUCUAAUGCGGGAGGAAGAGCUGCCCAUGUGGAGUUAAGGCUCUCUCUUGGGGCUUGAAAAUGCCAGAAGAAAUGAGGCUGCUGCGCUGUAGGGAUCUGGCUGCCUUUGAGAGGGUCUGAUGCUGUGGCAUGGCACAGUUGAUGGAAAUGCCAAGGAGCUCGGUCUGUGCAUCUCAGAACAGCACACGCUCAUCCUAGAGACUUUCUUUUCUAGAACUGAAGAACCCUGGCUUCCUCUCAAAACUGGAUUCAAAGUAACUAUGACCAUAAAUGUUUCAUCUUAGGUCUGGUUGAAUAUGAACCUCACAAUGGCAAAGGGCUGGCCUGAGCUGUCUAUUUCAGAAGAUACUCCUCAAUUUAAGCCUAUUUUUCCUCAGAGUUUUUUUUAAUAUAUAUUAUAUAUAUAUAUAUAUAUAGCAAGCUGAACUUAAGUUCUUGGCUCACUAGCAUGCCCUACUCCAGUCCCACUGAGCCUCUGGAGAGAGAUUUAGUACUUGGCUCUGAGGUUGCCUGUUUUACAGUCAUCUAUUUUGCAUAUGAAAGUUUGUAUUUAACUUUUUUGUUCAUUAAAAAUCUUACAGAUGCAGUUAUACA